UCUCUCUCUCUCUUUCUCUCUGUUCAUAGCAUAUUAGCACUCUUUUUUAGCGAUGCUCUGAAUUUUUCUUUAUAUGUUCACUGAAUAUGAUGGGUGCCUCCGAUUUUCCGGCAAGGUUCAAACUUUCCGUCGCCGGCGUUGAGAUUGCUGGUUUUUCCGGCUGUACAGUUAGGAUUGUAGAUGGUGUAUGCUGGAAAGUGUUGUUGAAGGAAAAAUCAGAUUUUGAUUCUGGGUUUGUGGUGGGGUAUUUUGUUGGUGGUGAUUUUGAGAAGGUGGCGAAAAUGAGCAUGAGUGUGACCGAGGAAGAAUCGGGUGAAAAGGUUUAUCUCCCGGCCGAAAUUGAUUGGAAAAUGCUUGAUAAAUCCAAGUUUUUCUUCCUUGGAGCUGCCCUCUUCUCUGGGGUUUCUGCUACCUUGUACCCUGUUGUUGUGUUGAAAACCAGGCAGCAAGUGGCUCAGUCCCAAGUUUCUUGCAUCAAGACUGCAUUUUCAUUGAUUAGGGGUGAGGGUUUUAGAGCAUUGUACCGCGGAUUUGGGACUUCUUUGAUGGGUACAAUCCCUGCUAGAGCUUUAUAUAUGGCUGCCUUGGAGGUUACCAAGAGUAAUGUGGGGACUUCUACGGUUAGGUUUGGUAUUGGAGAACCUACAGCUGCGGCAAUUGCCAAUGCAGUUGCUGGCUUGAGUGCAGCCAUGGCAGCUCAACUUGUGUGGACCCCAAUUGAUGUUGUGAGCCAGAGGUUGAUGGUUCAAGAUGGUUAUAAUUCCAGUAAUCCUAAGGCUUCAGCUUGUCGAUAUGUCAAUGGGAUUGAUGCCUUCCGGAAAAUUCUUAGCACAGAUGGCCCUAGGGGCUUGUAUAGAGGUUUUGGGAUAUCAAUCUUGACCCAUGCACCUUCCAAUGCAGUUUGGUGGGCUUCAUAUUCUCUUGCACAAAGGAUGGUUUGGGGUGGAGUUGGGUACUACUUGUGCAAGAAAAGUGAGGAGAGGAGUGACACUGCAACUAAUGUUAAUGCUAGUGCUAGUGCUAAUGCUUUGAGGCCAGAUACAAAAACAGUAAUGGCAGUUCAGGGACUCAGUGCAGCAAUGGCUGGUGGCAUGUCUGCUUUGAUUACCAUGCCACUGGAUACAAUCAAGACAAGACUGCAAGUCUUGGAUGGUGAUGAGAAUGGCCGUCGCGGACCAACAGUUAUGCAGACGGUGAGGAGUCUGGUUAAGGAAGGUGGCUGGAUGGCUUGUUACAGAGGAUUGGGACCUCGAUGGGCUUCAAUGUCAAUGUCUGCAACGACAAUGAUCACAACCUAUGAGUUCCUAAAAAGGCUUUCCGCAAAGAAUCAAGAGGUUUUGACAUGAUGAAUGAUAGGUUUAUAAUAACAAAAAGGAAAACAAAGAGAAGAGGAUGGUUUUUUCCUCUCUUCUUUGCCUAAAUUAUGUUCUUAGCUUCUCUCAACUUGUCUAGGUUAUCUCUUCUCUUUGAGCUUGCCAGCAUGACUGCUUGAUCAAUGUAAGUCAUUGCAGUUUAUCCUAUAUAAAUAAAAAAUUUCU